UGUGACCAGCUUUGCGGCCACAAUUUAUCGGCUGUAUAUUGUCAAAUAUUUCCAUUUUUCUUUUGAUUGCAAUUUAAGGAGCUGCCGAAAUGUCGCUGACGCCCUUCCUGCGUUUGCCACUCACCGAUUUGACCGGUUGUCUGAUCAAUCAUCAGACCUACGACAAAUGCGGCCAAUUCGAAAUGAAAAUGAUGGACUGCCUGGAAGCCUACGGCGUGGAACGCGGCAAAAAGCAGUGCGCCGAUCUAAUUGGUGAUUUCCAGGAGUGCGUGGGCAUGCAGAAGCAGCUGCUUCGUUUCCAUGCCAUGCGUGAAGAGCGCUAUAAGCAAUGGCUGAAGGGUGAACGCAAGCGGGAGGAACUGUUUGCUGAACCGCCGCGCGUUGAUGCAUAUUAAGGGAAUUAUAGCUACUGUAGCUGAAAUAUGUUUUA